AUGGUUAACAGUACUUGCUGUUCUUGUGUUCUGCCACCGAAAAAAAAAUACGAAAACAUAGCAAACUUGCGUAGCGCUAAUUCUAUUGAAUCUCUAUUUAGUGUUUUCUUUCUUCAACCGUUUGAACUUUUACAUUCUUUUGAUGCUGUUCUUCCCCUUUGGUGUUUACUUUUAAUCAACUUUAAUGAAUCAGCUCUUUUAUCGCUUUUAUGCUUCUGGUAG